AAUUUAUGUUCCAUGCCACAUAUACUCAUACACACUCGCUGUUCCUAGCAUCAAAAAAGUGGGGGGGGCCUCAGGCACCAUAAUGAGUGAGGAUGAUGAGCUACAGAUUAGGCCACACCCUGAUCCUCCCAAAAUCCCACCCACUUCUCUGUUCACAUCCUUUACAGUCCUAGCAAACUCAGGAUAGCUGUGAGUAUGCCUUUAAAUGAGAAACACCAAUGGGGGCAGUUAGUGGUUCAAUUGCAGGUAUGCUGCAGAUUGAAGUGGUUUCUCUACAGUCAUGCAUUUAAUCUAUGGGUAAUAGAUGACUGAUGGUUGUGCUGCAGCCUGUAGAGAAAUAAAUUCAGCCGUGCAAUAGACUUGUAAAGUAAAGGGCAUUUACUGGAAUGUUUGUGCCUCUGAUUUGAAGAGCAGCUAUAAUUCAUAAAAUAAUUGGAAUUGGGUCCAUUCUUGCCUGAAGCAAAUGCAGGAAUACGUGUGUUGCCAGGGGGCCCUGUGGGUGAUGCCAGUACAAUGAUAAAUGGUCACUAAUUGCUGCACACGUGUUACACACUUUCAUAGGCACAAGAGAGAUUUGUGUUGUUAAAGGACAAGUGUAAUUCACUUGCGGGUGCCAUUGUGUUGGGUACUCCACACCCCCCCCCCAGUGAAUAUAAUCACUCCUAUUCACUGCACUUUCACUAGCCCAGUAUCAUGUGUGGCCCUGUGCAGCAGUGGGGCCACAUGAGGCCGCUGAACUCUCGGCAGUUGCACACAGCCGCACUAAAUCCCAUUGUUGCUGAGAUUAGGGAUUAGGAUCCAUCUGACAAUGUGCCCCCCACCCUGUUUGUGCCACAGAGAAGCAAUGACGUGGGAAUGGCACUAGGGCUGGGUUACUGCUGCCACUGGGAGGGGCCACAAAUUCUUCCCUGUUCCUCUCUGAUAUGCCACUCCCACUCACCCCUGGCCAAUGGGGGCGGGGCCUUGAAGAUUAGGAACUGUCCCAACCCACGGAGAUGCUCACACACUGCUCCAGCCUGAGGGGCUCCUGCGACCCACCCUCCCUCUCAAACUGACUUGCACUCAGCAACUGCCACAAAUCUGUAGGUGCAUCCGGUGGGCACAGAAUGCUGUCUGUCCUGCUGGCAGGGUGCAUGGGAGCCCUGGCUGUGCUCCUGGUGGUGGUGUGGCGGGUUCGUACAGAUGGUACGUGGGCACUGUGGUGGCAUGAUAAUUACCUGGAGAGACUGCGUGACUUCACGAGUGGUAAAAGCCGUCCCAUGCGGAUUCUGCAGUAUGUACAGAGGACAGCCGUGCAGGGAGAUGCCAACAGUGUGAUUAGUGCUGUGGAUUCCUACUGUGCCAAUGUAGAGUGGGCAAUGAACGUGGGAGACAUGAAAGGUGAGAUUCUGGAUGCGGUGGUGCUGGAUGUUCGCCCUCGCUGGGUGCUGGAACUGGGCACAUACUGUGGUUAUUCCACCAUGAGGAUUGCCCGAUUUCUGCCCCCAGGGGCACGGCUUGUCACGCUGGAGAUGAACCAUCACUAUGCACAGGUGGCUAAACAAAUCCUUGGGCACGCGGGAGUUGAUGCCCAGCUGAGCCCUAGCCCUUCCUCUGUCCCUCAGUCUUGCACUCAGGGGGAAGAGCCAGUAGGGGGUGCCACUCACUCUUCACAACGCCGGUGGCGCUUGCAGGAAGCUCUGAUUUACACCACCCUGCACUGUCUGCAACUGCCCCUGCAGCUCUUCUCUCGCACCCCCCAAAACCCCCUGGCUGCCUCCACACCCAAACCUCCGGAAGAAACAGCUGGAAGGCAGCAAACAAAGAGGAGCAGCACCUGUAAGGUGGAUCUGCUAGUUGGUACCAGUUCUGCUCUCAUUCCUCAGCUGAAGAAGAAGUUUGACUUGGACAAGUUUGACUUGGUCUUUAUAGAUCACUGGAAGACCAGCUACCUGCCUGACACCAAACUGCUUGAGGAGUGUGGUUUGCUGGCAUCUGGCACUGUUCUGCUGGCUGAUAAUGUUACCUGCCCGGGAGCCCCCGACUACCUACAGUACGUGAGAAACAGCCCCCGAUAUAAGAGCCUCUAUUUCCCAUCCCAGCUGGAGUAUCUGCAGGUGGAGGAUGGCAUGGAGAAAUCCAUCUUCCUUGGGUGAUGAAUGGAUGGCACAACUUGCCAAAACUCUGCCUCUCUCAUGAGCUGCGUGUAAUUUAGUCUCCUUAGCUUAUCAGGUAGGGGGCACAAGAACGUUUCUGUUCCCUAUAAACACACGGUCGGGUGAUGUACUGGAAGGAACCCCAUGUUGGGUGAUAGUGUCCCCCUGCUACACUAUUAUUACCCCAUACUUACUGCAGGUCUCUGAUGGGCAGCGGGUCAGUAGGGGCAGAUACUGGGACUUGCCCCAUCAUUUCCCUGGUGUUCUGAAUCCCAUUAGCCCCCAGCUCCUCCUUUUAUACGCAAUAGAGGCCAUGGCAAGCUGCCUCAGGUACAUGCACAGCCCUUCACUUUAGUCCAAUUAUCUAAAGGGAGUCAAGUGGGGGGAGGGCGUAUGCCCAUCUUCUGCCCUCCUCAUGUCCAUUAUUUCAAGCACAAUGUGCCCUUGCGUGGCAUGGCUGCACCGGAACACUGGCAAAAGCCUGUUUUCUAAUAAAAUCCUUCAUUCUCUCA